AGUGAUGGAUUGUCAUGUAUCAAGUUUAUAUAAAUUCUCUGUCAGUUGUCGGCAGUCAGUGUCCAACCCUGUCACUCUUUGGUUGUGUCUCCUGAGUGGCGCACCUCACUUUAUGUGGAUCACUUACCCUCACUGGUGUUGCCAGACAUACUGCCUUACUCACGACUCUUAAAGACGCGAGUGAUGAGUAUGGAUAGAGUAGCGCUUUUCCGAGUGGCUCAAGUGUGGGCGUGCUUGAUAUGUGUCUUAGGGGUCUCCGGGAAUCUCUUCACCUUGGCCACAGGUGCACACCAACUGUGUUUUGCAAAGAGAAACAGAAGAGGCCAUGAAUCCCUGAGGCGAGUCGGACUGAGUCACGGCCCUCAGUCUUUCAUCACCCUGCAGGCCGACACAUUGCUACUGCUCCACCUAAGCCUGUGCGACCUUCUCUAUUGCUCCAUCAACCUGCCAAUCAUAGCACUUAACUACGACCUCGCCUUCUCCGACUCCUUCACGCCUAUCCCCAGCGAGCAGUUCUGCACCGCUUCCGUUGUGUUCCGAUACCUGAACGCCCUCGCCGAGUGGAUGACGCUGGGCCUGCUGGCGGUGGAGCGCUGCCUCAACAUGGGCCGUGUCAGGACAUCCCACGUCUUCACGCCCGCCAUUACUUGCAUCCUCCUGGUGGGCUGCUGGGGGGUGGCGCUCCUGUCACUAGUGGUUCCCAUCAUUAAUCACACCUACGAGUUCGAUAACACCACCUUCAAGUGUGACAUGAAAGCUGGCCCAAGCAAGAUGAUCUUCUACACUUUGGAGACGCCGCUGCCUUGCCUUCUCAUGCUAAUGGGAACGGCGAGCAUCAUCUACCAGGUGUGGAGCAACAAGAGACGUCUACUCGCUGCUCACAUGCCGCAGGACCUUGUUGAAAUGCGAAACAGGUCAACGUGGAGGUCGACAGCUCUAGUGCUGUGCUUGCUGACGAUGUUCCUGCUUUGCGUCAUUCCCAACGCGGUGUACAAUAUCGUCAGCAUCACUUGUGGGACCGAGGAGGACGUGGUGGCGAUGGUAACCUUUAUGAUCUACUGGAUACAAUAUGGUAUCAACUUCAUCUUAUAUGCAGCCGGGAACAGGAAUUUCCGACAAGCCUAUAUACAGUUCUUACAGGCGGUGAGUGAGACGUUGUGUUCCUGCUGCCAUCCGAGCUCGCAGUCACCGCUGUCGUCACGCGUACUGUCCUCUCACAACGCUGGGAUCAUGACAGGUGGCGUCUCUUGUCGUUCUAUCCCUGUUGUAAGAGUUGAAGACGUGUCGGAAGUCACGCCUUCCACAUCACAGUUUUGUGAAGAUGUUUGGAAUAGCCCAAGAAACCACUUAGUGUCUUUCCUCACCCCAAAAUGUCUCAAACCCAUACCGUUUUCCUCUUCUUCUUCGUCCUCCUCCUUGUCUCCCUUAACUUCCAGCCGUACGGUGUCCCUCAGUUCUUCUUCGUCCUGGGAGUCUUCGAGCACAUUAGUAAGCUGUGUGUCGCUAAACAGCUCCCUUAGCUUAACUCAGGACAGAGGGACCAACCCAGGCAUAGAGCAGGGUGGUAGUCUAUCAUAAACAAUGUAUUUUCUCCUUCCUUGAGACAAUCUUCAUUCAUAACAAGAGUAGUCGGUGGUGAUCGGUAGGUGAGGCAUGACAAUGAGAAAACUAUGGACUGUGAUCUGAAAAUAUUUCAGUAAUGGUGUUGUGAGAAACUAUGAAUGGAAUACAGGAAGGAUAAGACGCUGUUGUGGAUGGGUCUUGGUCAAGUAGCAGUUCUUAUUAUGGUGACUAAAUAUUUUAGUCGUCAGUGUAUAUUCGUACUUGAAAACUCUGAUUGUUAAUACACUUCUCGUAGAGUUAAUCGUCACAGGGAAUCAUAGUUUUCUGGCAUAUUUAAUGGACGUCCUUCAGUGUGGCUCAAAUUGAUGAAUUUGGUACUAUGCUUUAUGUGUUUCAUUCUGUUUUCCCACAAUUAUAAUCA